AUAACAUGAAAUGAUUUUAAAUCUAAAGUUGUUUAGAAAAUAUUAAAAUUUAAUAUAUAAAUAAAUUUUCAGUUUGGCUAAUUUUGGUUUCUACAAUAUGUGAAGUGUGCUAUUACCUUUGGUGUUAAAAAUAAAAUAAAUUCUUUGAUUCGUUCAAAUUUAAUUUUAGUCAAAGUCAUAUACAGAAAUAGUCAAAAUAAUAUGUUAAUAUUAAUUAAGAAAAAAAUAGUGUAUAUAUAAAUUAUUAAAAAAAUAAAACAAAAAAAGUGAAGGUGGUCACCAAUCACAAAGACUAAAAAUUAAAAUUUAUCUUUACUGUUUGUCGCAGAAACUAACAAAACCUUCACCACAAUGGCGGACGCCCAAUUUUCGAUAUUCGACUAUACCCUUUUCGGGGGCAUGUUGGCCCUAUCGACCCUGAUAGGGGUCUGGUUUGGAUUUUUUUCAAAAACGAAACAGGACUCCACUGCCGACUACCUUAUGGGCGGAAAAAGCAUGGGCACUUUUCCUAUUGCCAUGUCUUUGAUAGCCAGCCAUAUAUCAGGAAUUACCCUUCUGGCAGUCCCAACAGAAAUGUACACCCAAGGGACCCAAUAUUGGAUCUCCUGCAUCUCUGGGCCGAUUUGUAUGAUAAUAAUAGCCUAUGUUUAUUUGCCGGUUUUUUAUGGAUUGCAAUUGACAUCAGCUUAUGAGUAUUUAGAGAGAAGAUUUGAUAGAAGUGCCAGGAAAAUGGCCAGUUUGAUAUUUGCACUGAGUUUGAUCCUGUUUCUGCCUAUUGUUAUUUAUGUGCCUGCUAUUGCUUUUAGUCAAGUUACCGGUGUAAAUAUCCACGCAGUCACCCUAACCCUUCUAGUCAUAUGCGUUUUCUACACGUCUUUCGGAGGAAUGAGAGCCGUCGUCUGGACGGACACGCUUCAGUCCAUCGUCACCUGCGGCGCUAUGUUCGCCGUCGUCUGGAUAGGAGUAGCAGACGUCGGAGGAAUCGCAGAAGUCUUCAGAAGGGCUGACGAAGGAGGCAGGAUUAUAUUUUUCAAUAUGAAUCCAAGUAUAUACCAACGUACAUCAUUCUGGAGUGUCAGUUUGGGACUGACAACCAUGUGGUUGUCCAAUCUUGGUGUCAGUCAAAGUUGUAUUCAGAGGUUCCUGUCUGUGCCAACUUUAAAGGAUGCCAGAAGGUCAAUUAUCUAUUUUACUAUAGGUUUAGUUUUAACAAAAUCAAUAUCCUGCUUCACCGGACUAUUGAUGUAUGCCCAUUACAAAGAUUGUGAUCCCUUGAGUACUGGUGACGUCAAAAAAGCAGAUCAAAUGUUGCCCUAUUAUGUUCACGACGUGGCAGGUUAUAUACCAGGACUAUCAGGUUUAUUCGUGGCUGGUGUUUUUAGUGCAGCCUUAAGUACCAUUUCUUCAGGGCUUAAUACACUGUCUGGUACACUUUAUGAAGAUUUUAUUAAGGAGUGGUUACCGGUUAGCACUACUGAGAAGACUGCCAGUAAUAUUAUGAAGUUGACUGUAGUAGUAAUUGGAGGAAUUUGUCUGGGACUUGUCUUCGUAGUAGAACAAUUAGGAAGCGUCAUGCACCUUGUCAUCAGUGUUACUGGUGUAACUGCAGGAACACUUUUGGGAAUGUUUACAUUGGGAAUCUUGUUCCCUAAAGCAAACACUAAGGGAGUUUUGGUGGGAGCAGCUGCAAGUCUAAUCCUGGUCAGUUGGAUGGUAAGUGGAGCCCAAAUUAACAUUGCUCAAGGGAAUUUGAAAUUCCCUUACCUAAAUAUGUCGACUGAAGGUUGUCCUGAGGGUAAAAAUACAACUGUGAAUUCUGUAUGGAAGACCCAGCAUCACGAUGGGCAUUCAAAUGAUGAAGUGAUUGCUCCUUACCGAAUUGGAUUCAUGUACUAUUCGAUGAUUGGUGCUUGGUUGGUGAUAGCAAUUGGGUAUCCUGUAAGUUAUUUUACUGGAGGACAUGGGUACCUGGAUAAAAUGCUGUUGGCACCACAAGUUAGAAGGUGGGCUCCAGAGCAAAAAUCAGCAGAAUACGACACCUUCGAGAAGGCCAAUUCAAAAAUGCAAGUUUUGACCAAAUUGGACGACGAAGAUCCAAAAUAUCAGAUGAAGAACAUCACAUAAAUCAAUCAAAGUGAUUUAAUUUAAAUAAUCCAUUAUUGUGCAAAGACAAUUGUAAAUAAAAGAUAAGAACUUUGUCAUCAAGAGUGAACUUGUCAUGGUGUUUGCUUAAAGAUUUGUGAGUGAUUUUAUUUUUGACAUACACGUGGAAGUGAAUUUGUUAGUUUAAGAUUUAAUUCUAAUUUAAUUUAGUGUAAUUGUUGUAAUUAAUUAUUUUUAAGAUGCUUAAAUAGGU